AUGAACGAAGACUCACUCAUCCAAGUCGACGGCAUACUGGUCAACGAUUUCCUUCGCGAGGAAAACGUGCGCGCGGCGAUGCACUACGAACCUGGAGAAGAUGACGUGUUCAUUGCCAGCUAUCCGAAGUGCGGUACAACCUGGACCCAGUACAUCGUGUGCAACAUCUUCACACGAGGCAACGCUCCCAACAACGUGACCGAUUUCCUGCUGCAGGCGCCGUACUUUGAUUUCAUGGGCGCCGACGCUCCGAAGAAGAUGCCGAAGCCCGGAGCUCUGAUGACGCACUUGCCGUUUAACAUGCGCCGCCACUCUAACAAGGCCAGAAACCCGUACGACUGUGCCGUCUCGUACUACCAUUACCUUCUUGGACACACACCCAAGACCUGCACUGACGUUUCGUUCGAGACAUUCGUGAAGGCAUUCAUCGCUGGACGCGUGCCCUACGGAGACUACUUCGACCACCUCCUCUCGUGGUAUGAGCACCGGCACGAUCCCAACGUCCUCUUCUUCACGUACGAAGACCUGAAGAAGGACACGUCGUCGUGGGUGUUGAAGAUGGCCGACUUUCUCGGCAAGCAAGAAUACGGAGACGUGCUGCGAGCUGACCCCAAGCUCUUCCAAAGAAUCCUGGAUUCCUGCAGCCUGGGAAACAUGCGGCAAGUGUUCGACUGCAGAUGCGACAGCUUCGUCAACGCGUUGCUGGAGCUUCCUGAGGAGAAGAGGCUCGAGUCCAUGGAGAUCUACAGGAAGAAAGGCGCUGCCAAACGUGAGUCCCACGAGGGUUCGGGCCGCGUACGUAAGGGCAAGAUUGGCGACUGGAAGAACCAUUUCACGACGCCCGAGCUCUUGGAUGCGAUGAAGGGCUGGAUCAAUGAGAAAACCAAGGGCACAGACGUGAUGCGGCUUUGGGAAGACCUGAACCUACCUUGA